AUGGAAAGUACUGAAAUUGAAGAAGAAGGAUCAAUAAUCAAGGCAGCAAUUUGUAAAAUAAAUGUUUCAAAGACUUCUGAAAUUAAAUAUUGUAAUAUAAUUGUUCAUGGUGGUAGUGAUUCAUCAACUUCAAAUUUUAUAAAUCAUUUAACAUCAGUUCAUGGACUUACUAAGGAUAAUUAUGAAACCAAAUUAAAUUCUAAGGAAAUUCCAAAAAACCAAUCGAUUGAUCAUAUAUUUAAAAAAGUUCAACAUCAUCCAAACCAUUAA